AGAGAUUUUCUGGAGUUCGCUCAAAGGCACACAGAGAAAGAGGCAUAAUAGAAGGAAAGCAAACAGAGAAGAAAAAAAAAUGGGGUGGGUGUGGAGGGACGAUGAAGACGACAACAAUUCAACUGCGGGUGACAUAAACCCUCGGUCGGACGGUGAGCGAUGCUCGACGAGGAAGGUGAUGAAGACGCAGUGCAAGACUGAGGAGGUGGAGCCUGGAAAGUUCGUCCGAAAGUGCGAGAAGACCGAGCAGCUUCUCAGGGACUGCGCUGGCAGGCCUGUCGAAGUGGUGCAAUCCAAUAAAGAGUACACUGAAGAUGAUGUCACGGAAGAGGUGCUCAAAGGGUCUGUCUACUCUGGGUCAUCACAGCAUGGAGCAUUUGACUUCCCUGGGCUACGCAGUGACAUUGAAGACAUUGAACGUACCUUUAUGGGUGGCCUCAGCCGUUUCUUUGAUGCUGCUGAGGAGAUGAGGAAUGGAUUCUUCAGUGCAUUUGGGGUUCCACGUAUCUUUGAUGAGGGACCCUCUUGCAUGAAUCAUCUGUCUCGCCCUAUAUAUGAAUGUGCCUACUAA